GGAAGAAGGCGGAGCCUCUCCUCAGAGGCGGCAGUUGAGGUUCGGCGGCGCGCAGGUGACUCGUUUUGUGAAGCGUGGGGGGAGCCUUUGAUCCCGCCAUGGCUAAGCGAACUGACUACAGCCUGCAAGUCGACUACGUUUUCCGCGGGGCGGAGCACAUCGUUCGGAUGACGACGGAAGGGAGCCUGCUGGAAGUGGAGGUGGAAGACCGGCUCACCACCGACCAGUGGCGAGGGGAAUUCGAUGCGGCCUUUAUCGAAGAUCUCACCCACAAAACGGGGAACUUCAAGCAAUUUGGGAUCUUCUGCAGCAUGUUGGAAUCCGCCCUGGCCCAGAGCAGCGAGUCUGUAACGUUGGACCUCCUCACCUACGCGGACCUGGAGGCGCUGCGGAACAGGAAGAUUGGGGUGGGACCACGACACCCCUCGGCCGCCAAAACCUCCCCCUUGAACUCCAAGCGUUACCUCAUCCUCAUUUACUCCGUGGAAUUUGACAGGAUCCACUACCCACUCCCCCUUCCCUACGUGGGGAAGCCCGAUCCGGUGGUCCUGCAGAAAAUGAUCCGGGAGCUGAAGGAGGAAUUGGCUCUCUUGAAGGCUAAGCCAGGCAAGGAUUUCCGGGACGUGGAGAUCCGUCGUCUUCGGGAGGAGCUGCAGCGGGCUCUGGAGGAGAAGCAGAUGAUGGAGUCGGUGCUGCUGAGCUCCCGGGAGGAGCUGCCGGUGGCCCCCAAGGGCAGCGGCUUGAAAGAGGUGAAGAUCUUGAAGAAGGUGGUGCAGACCCUGGAAGAGCAGCUGACCAAGGAACGGGCCAAGCACCAGCGCCUGGCCGCCAGGCGCCUGCAGGAGAGCCGGCAGCUGGCUGAUGAGCUUGCAGAAGUGAAAGCUAGUGAGAGAAGCCUCCGGAUUCGUGUGAAGAACCUCACCAACGAGCUGGCUUUAUUCAAAAAGGGAAGCCUGAACCGAGCCGGCAUCCCAAAGCGAGACGGCCAUCGCUCCGCCUCGGGCGAACGCUCCAACUCCCAGGAGCGCAGCAGCGUGCCCUGGGGAGCCAGCCGGCCGCGGUCCACCUCCAGGGACGGGCGCAGCGGAAGCCAGGGACGCGCCUCCCGCCAGUCUCCUUCUCCGACAGCUCUCCGGGCCCCUCGCUUUGAUCCCACCGCUUUCGUGAAGGCCAAGGAGCGGAAACAGAAGGAGAUCGAACAGAAAAACAAACGGAGUCUUCAUCGGGCCAUGGGAGACACCCCUCCCAGUGGCUGGUACCACCACACCCAGCUCAGGGGCGCCUCGGCCCUCCCCGGCGGAAGCAACCGUGGGAAGCCGCGCGGCCGCAGCUCUUCAGUGGAAAGUUUCCGCAGCAAACGAACCUCGGCCAGCUCAGGGAGUGAGAUGGAGGAUUAUUCGGAACCCGUUGCACCAAGAGGCAGGAAACGACUAGGCAGGAACAGGAAGCCCUUCAGCUCUUCGUCUUGGAAUGGCCCCAAGGCGGGUCCCCGUGUGGACAAAGCUCACAAGAAACGCUUCUCAAGCACCCCAAACACAGGGAAGGCCAGCGGGAAAGGCAGAACGGCUGGCGUCUCGGAGGAGACCUUGGAAAACUCAGAGAACCUCUACGAGGACCCCUCGGCGGAUCUCUCUGAGAUCGACGCCCGUCUGCAGGCGCUGCAGGAGUACAUGAAUAAGCUGGAGACCCAGACGUAGCCCGAGUGAUGGAGCCGAGCCGGCGCGAUUCCUUUUGCCUAGCUAGGUCUGGUCCAAACGUAGAAGAUGCCCCUUCUCCUUGCUCUCACUGUCCUGCUCGCCCGUCUCCCUUCUACGUCCUCGAGGGGGAGGGCGGGGCAGGGGGGACGGACAGCGGCUGCCUUGCAAAAUCCCAGGUUUGAAAGCCUUCCUACAAACGAUUUCAUUAAAGUUUUCUAAUAACAACGA